AUGCAUAUUGUGACGUACAACAAGCACCUCUACAACUCGAUGUUAGAGGCAUCGGACAAAGCCAACGGACUGGCUGUUGUGGCGCUGUUUUUUGAGGAAAAAGAGGACGUCGAUUUGAAGGACACACAGCUCUUCAAGAUGAGCGCUUUUCUGCGUUCAGCUGAAGCUGUGCGGCAACCAAACACGUCGGUAAAACUCGCGCCGUUUCCCGGCGAAGCGCUCUUAGACAUCGGCAAGGACCGGGGUCGGUUCUACCGCUACGAGGGCUCGUUGACGACGCCACCGUGCACAGAAAACGUCGUCUGGACGGUGAUGAACAAGGUUUUGCCUGUGCAUCCACAACAGGUAGAAAUGCUUAUACCAGUUGGAAGGCUGUCAGGCGGCUAA